AUGAUGUUUAAAUACGCUUUAGAUGCAAUAGAUAUGGUGUUAAGAAGAAUAUGCAGAAGUAACGCUAUCUUCAGAGGAAAGACGGUCUUAUUUGGUGGAGAUUUCAGACAAGUAUCAGCUGCUGUUUUGAAAGGAUUUUAA